AUACACUAUUUAAAUCAUAUAUCUGUAGGAAAAUAAUUAUUUUCCGUCUACCUUAACUUGUAGAUUUGCAUUUUGGUUACACAAUUUAACUAACUGCCUUCAUGAUACUUAAGUUAAAAAGUAAAAUGAUCAAAUUACAUGGAAUUAAGUAAUUUAACUCAGUAAUUUUUAUCAAUAAUUCCAUCGAUUCAUACACUAUAAACUCAUGCAAGAUGUGUUCGUUAAAUCGGAUAUCAUGUUUCAUAAAAGUUUGAAAAAAUCAAAAGUCUAUACCAUAAACUCUAGUUAAUUUUCAACGUUCGUUAUUGGAAAUAUUUUAGCAUGGGUUCUUGUAUAUCAUGCUGUCAAAGAAAACAUUUUCAUGGAAAAAUGAUCAUUGGGACGAGCUGCUUGACAAAAAAGGAGAAAUAUGAAGACCUACUUACGAAUAUAGUAGAUAAAUCACAAGCUUCUGCAGAAGAAUGUCUCUAUACCAACAACAGUGACUACAACCAAUUAGUCGACAAAGAAUUUUCCACAACUGUUCAUUUUAAAGCUAAUUUAUUAAACAAGAAUAAACGGAUAGAAAGUAACUUAUCUAACGGUUACUUAUUACCUUCAAGUGGUGAUAAUGAAGGCCACACAAAUAGUAGUGACGAUAACUCGAAAAUAAAACAAUAUUCUAUACUAAAGAAACAUUCCAAAUAUUCUACUGAUGCUAACUCGCAUUUACCCACCCUUCAGCAAUUAACAACUUUAAGUUGUUUAAAUGCUGAAAACGUUCAAUUAGUUAUGCCACGCAUAACUGAAUUACUUCGUACAGACGUGUUACGAUCGAACACUGAGUUAUUUGGAAGAUUAAAUAUCAUACUUUCACGUAUGCAAGAGGUGAUUUCUUCUAACAACUCAAAUUCUAUGCUACUUCUAAGUGUCAAUGAUCGUCAAACUAUUUAUGAUAGUCUACUAGCCAUCAGUUUAGUUAACAAAGAAACACCUCAAACACCAGUACCAUAUAUGUGGUCGGAUUCGAAAUUGACUAAAACAUUGGACACACUUCAGUAUGCACGCGAUAAUUUAUUUUCAUCAGUUCAUAAACGUCAUACUGUUGUUGACGAUAACAAUUGUAAUAGUAGUGAUAUUAUAAUUAACCCUCAGGAAUUCGAUCAAAUCAAAACAACAUUAUUGGAGAUAACUAAAAUAAUUAAAACAGAUGAAAAAACAUCAUUUUUCCAGGAUAAGCAAUACCUGUCUGAUAGCAUUGAAGAAGUUAUUAAUUCCUUAGAAAAGAUAGAUCCCAAUAUUUCGUAUAAACAAAAUUCUCAAGUAAAUUCAGAAAUUGUUCAACAUCUGGAGAACAUGAUUAGCUUAAAUCAUGGAUUAAUUAUUAAUCAUGGCAUAGAAGCUAUAAAACAAAAUGUUGAAAGAGAAUUUCCAAACAAUCGAUGUGCGUUAAAAAGGCAAACUGCUAUUGAUAUUUCAACUGCUUUACAGCUUGUUGAAAAUGAAUAUGAUAAUUCUGUAACAGCUUCCAUGAAUGGUGAUAAUAAAAUUCAAAACAUACCCAACAUUGACCACUUAAAGUACAUUCAUAAAUACAUCAAAAAACAGCUAUCAACAAAUGAAACAGAUUGUUUUGUAGAUAAAAAUAUUAUCUGUCAAUCCAGUGAUAUACGUUUAGUUGAAGAAGCUUUAACAAAUCAUUUCAAUAAAAUUAAUCAUUGCUUAAAAAUAUCCUUACAGAAAGAACCAGUCAACCUUGUAAACACAGGUCUUAAAAUUCCUCAAACAACUCAUGGAAACACAGUAACAAGAUACCAAAAUGUUCUCACUCCAAUCAGUGAAUAUUGUACUACACAAACGAGUCCAUAUGAAACGGAUUCAAUUUCUAAUGAAUCCAUUGUUAAACAUAACUUGGUUUCUGAAAAACAACAACUAAACAAUAUUUUAAAUCAGAUUAAUCAAACUAUAACUGUUCACUCAAAUGAAGAAAAUAAAGGAAUAUUAGCCUAUUUUGAUAACGUCUCAGUAUCCUUUGAAAGUCAGCUUUCAGAUUUAUCUACUUACAUUGAUGAUACUCAAAGUAAACAUGACGAAAAUAGUACAGUUUCUGAUCCGAAUUCAUCUUGCAUCACAAUGUCAGAGCAGUUCGAGUUGGAAAGGGAUUCAUUUGUUGAUUCUUCUGUGAUAGCACCUAUUAUUAGUUAUUUAAAAUCAAAAUUACUUGAAAAUAGAGUGAAUAAUUUAAAUAUGAUAAAUGAUCAUUAUUCUGAUCAUACAAUAAACGAUGUCCAACAAGUAAGUAACUAUUUAGUUAAAUGUCUGAAUACAAAUUCUGAAAAACCUGUCAGGCUUAAUAGUACACACAUAGAUCUUCUAAAUAAAUUAUUCAUUGCAGAUCAGUCAGCUUACAGUUGUAUUUUGAAAAAGCAAUUAGACUUAUGCAUAAACUUGAAAGAGACAACUAACUCAGAUUUUGUUUCAGAAAACUUGCCAGUAGUAAAUGAAGAGCUAUAUUUCCUUAUUAGCAUUUUAAAAGACAAUGAAGAUAUCAUUACGAAUACAUCAUUUGUUGAAAGCUUGUGUACAGCUGUGACCAAGUAUCGUUUGCCUAUUUUACCAGAAACAUAUCCAUGUUUAUCAGAUAUUAUCAAUAAUCUAAAUCACAUAAAGCCGACUUUUAACAGUUCUUUAUUAUACAAAGAGAAAUUAAGCGAUGAAUUAAAACAAUUACUGGAAACCCUACAAAUUGAAUUGCAGUCAGAAAAUAUGAUAAAUAAUGGUAGUUUAGCUAAACAUCUGUUUCAUUUUCCAAUAACCAUAAAUUCUGCAUCAACAUUACGGAGCGAUGAAAUUUUUCCGUCGAGACCAACAAUAUUUAUGCAAACUGUGAUAUCAUUAUAUAUUUUAGAUUUGUUUUGUUCUUUGCCUGAUGAAAUGAAUAAAUUGAUUUAUUUGUUGAGUAUACGUAGAAACUUUCGGUCAUUAGUUGAUUUUUGUGAAUCACCAUCUAUGCACUGUUCACCAGUCUGUACAAAAUUGAAAUCACUAUUUAAGUUAUGUAUUUUACCGAACGAAAGUGAACUGAAUGGCCUAACUGUUGCCAGUGAUACCAAUGGUGUUAGUGUAACUCAAAUAAUCAACAACAUGUUACCAUCAAUUCAAGUUACAUUGCAGGCAACUAAAAUUAGUAACUCCUAUCAAAAUCAUAUUGAAAAUCUUCUACUUCAAAUAAGAAACAAGGUUACCAGUGAAAGGCAUUACUUUGUAAAUGGGGAAAUGGACGAUAUAAUGUGCGGGAUUCUUAUAACUUUGACUACCAUAUUCACAAAAGGUUUCAGAAUCAAUAAUCCAUAUGAAAUUGCUACAACACUAGGAAAAUUUACCAAGUUUUACUAUUCUCUUAUCAAUUCCAAAUGUGUAAAAAUGUCAGAAGAUGUCUCCACAUCAAUAUUAUCUUUAAUUUCAGGUGAAUUACACAGCGAGUCACUUACUAAACGUCAUUAUCAAGUUGACCAAAAACAUUUGGCAGAUUUGAAUCGUUCUAUUUAUGAAGCUGCAUCUGAUUGCCUUUCUGAGUUGUCAGAGUACAAAAAGAUGAGAUUUCUUAAUUCACUCGUCCUCCUUGGUAUUUUACUUUCACAAAGACGUUUACAUUACAAUUUAACAGACUUUGCGUCGGCAGAAGCAAAUAUACUAAUCGGUAUACUCUUGCUUUUCCUAUCGAACUUUCAUAUUAACCUUCAAAAUACAUUUGUGAAUGUCACUAAAAAGCUGGUGGAAGCAAUUCACAACAUAAAUUCAUCGCUUUUAUCGUACAAAACUAGUUACAUUUCAUUAGGGUUUCCAUCAAAUUUUACACCAGUACCAGAUGCAUGGUUAGUCAAUCAAAAAUUACAGAUUGAAGGAGUAAAAUCACUCGUUCCUUAUACAUCAUCUACCAACCAAUUAAAUCAUCAUUUAGAAACCUGCAAUAUAACAUCAUCUGAAGGAACGGCUGAAAAACCUUUGGAAUACAAACAUAGGAAAGAAGAACGAUUAUUUGAAACUUUCGUCGACCAUAACUUGUAUUUACACGUCUUAACGUUAGAGGAAAUUCUAAGUCAAUCAACAACAGAUCUACCCUGUACACUGAAUGUGAAACCACAAAACUGUAAAUUCUUUUUAAGUUGUUUGUCUGGCAUUAUUGCUUCUCCUAUGUUAAUACCUACUGAUAUGGUGAAACUAACACUACAAAUCAUACAAGAAAUUCAUUCUAACAAAAUUUUUAAUGGUUAUGAGAUGAAUGAAGAAAUUUCGAAGAAGCUUAUUAAUUAUUGUGAAGGUUUAGCAAAUACAUCAAAAGAGAAAUAUAUCAAAUCUGAAAGCUGGAAAAUCGUAAAUUCAAGUACAUGCCAAACAGAUGAGAACGAUGAAGUUUUUGAUUCCAUACAAUAUACUAUAAAUUCGAAUAUACUUUUUAAUGUAGUUGAAAAUAAAAUGAAGCCAACAACGUGGCUUGCUAUGACAUAUAAAAAAGAAAGUUUACAUGGAGUUGCGGAUAAAUGUAUACCUUCAGAGGUUUCCCUUCUUAACGAGAAAGAUUAUUUAGGAAUUCUUCAUAACUCCGCAACUAUUAAUAACUUCAGCGAUCAAAUAGUUUUAUUUACACAUAUAAAUAGAUUGAAAGUAAUUCUUGAAAGCACAGAAAUUUGUUCAUUGAAUGCGGAAAAUACAGAAAGUUUAUUCUGUAUGCUCGAAUUUAUUAAAACUCAAUCAGAUAUCAUAAAGAUACUAAAAAAAGACCAGGACUUCCUAAGUCUAAUUAAAUUAAAUGUUAUUCAAAACUGUGUAAAUUCUACUCCAUUAUAUAUCAAUUCAAAAACUAAAAUUAAACUACAAGAUAUUCUUGGAAAAGUAUGUUAUGCUCUGUUCAAUAAUAUUGAAAACACGAUAUCAGAUCAUCUCAGGGGCUUAUGUUUGCCAAAUGAUGUACAGUUUAGUGUUCAAUCUCUAAAUAAUUUAAUUAUUGGUCAAGUGGCUAUUAUGGCACAUUCAAAACAACUAAAUAUAUCGACUGAUCAUAUUGAUUUGCUGCGUGAUUAUUGUCUUUCUUUUCAACACUCUAGAAAUGUGAAUGGGUUAUGCAAACAAAUUGUACCUUUUACUAAUUUUUUAUCAAAUAUCAUCAAUAUUUCUGAUAUUACUACUCUAGAAAACCAUAAUAAGGAUAUUUUAUAUUUGAAGCUGAAUGAAUAUAAAGAAUUUUAUAAUCGAAUUCGAACAAGUGAGGAUAUUGGUAAUUCGACAUUAGCAUACAAAAUUUUGUUUCAGACUAUUGAACUUGAGCAUUUAUCACGGUCAUACUCAUUGAAAAUCCAGUGUAUUCCAGAAUCUUUAAAAUGUUCAUUAAUUAGUUUGUUAAUUUUAGGGGAACAAUUUUUCCCGCUUGCUCUAAAAGUGGAGGAACAGAUUCAUUUAGAUCGUAUAAUAGGUCAGCUUGACGAUAUAAGAAAUGAAUUAAUAGAUACAGGCAAAAUAGUCAGGCCAAUUACAGUGAUGAAAGUUGCUGAACAUCCCGUUAUGUUAGGAAACGUAGAACCGUUUGAGGGUACAUUAUUAGUUUCCAGCGUGAGCAGCCAACAUUCAUUUUUGAAUACUACUGCUUCAUUAGUUCCCAAAGCUAACAUAUUAGAAACUAUUGGAAAACCAUGCAGUCAUCAAUUUCAUGAAAGACCAUUAAGUAUUGAGCUGAAUGUUAAUGAAAAUGAGAAAGAAUGGAAGAUUCCAACUAUUAAGAAGAUUACUGAUAAAUAUGACAGUUCAUUCACAUCUCAAACUUCGGAUAACAUUGAAAAUUCGAAAUCCAAACUUUCUGAAAACAUAAAAACAGCCACUUUGGUUCAUGAGAUUUGCUCAAAUGAACAAUUGUUGAAUCAGGUGACCACAGAUGAAAUCCAAAAACUCAAUGAUAUAGACGUCAAAUUAACAGAGGAUAAUUUUCCAGCAAAAACGACCAAUACGUCUGAAAUAUUAAGUCAAGACAACACAAUUAAAAAGGAAAUAUUACAAAAUUUCAAAUUUUAUACUUCAGAAACAGAUAGUGAAACACAAGAUACUUUAGAUGUUGUUAGCCAAAACUCUGAUUGCUUGAUUUCUGUUAUCUCAAGUCAACAUAGUGAAGACACAAAUGAACAGGCGACGAUUCAUGAGCUCUAUUCAAAAUCGAUAGUAAAAGAACAAGAUAUUGACAUUAAAACAGCCUCAAUACUUAUUUCUACAAUACGAUCGUAUUUGAAACUGAAACCGUUAACUACAAUUCAAAUAAUCUCAUUAUUUUCACUAUUGGAAAAUAUUAAUUCACAAUUAGAAAUAUUGGAAAGUGUACAAGAUGUCUUAUCAUUUCCAACAAUUAAACUGUCUUCCAGUGAUCUAAAACCAUUAGCCACAAUUUCUACUAGUAUUAAAUCUCAAAUCUCACAAGAAACUAUGACAUCAUGUACAGAUUUGUUAAAUUAUAAAAUUAUCUACGAUAUUAUUUCCUACCGUACUUCAAUUUGGAAAACAGAAUCUGCGAUUGCCUAUAGUGCCUUACGAGAUCUGCUACCCUCAACCACCGCUUUCUCUACAUCUUCCUCCCAUGAUUUACAUUCGUCUUUUAUAAAUUCAGUUAAUGACUCAAAUUAUGAUGAAAAAGAGCUACUUAUAUUAGAACAACGUCUAUUGCACUAUUAUUAUUCAUUAGAGGAACAACAAUCAUUUAUUCUGACUGAUGCUGAAAUCAAGUCAUGUAAACUUCUUCUCCGACAAUAUGAAUCUAAAAUAAAAUCAAGAAUUCUACAAGAAAUUAAAAAGGCAUUACACUUAGUUAAUCAAUCAAAUGAAUACAAUUCUGAACAAGAAGAAGAAUCAUUUUUUAAGAAUGUCUACUACUUAAUUUUGAUAUGUUUACCGAAUUUAGCCAUAGACAAUGCUGAGUUCCUACAAAUGCUGAUUAACUUAUUAGUAAUACAUCGUCUUAUUUAUACCUCAAAAAAUUAUGCACACUGUUUGAAAAUAAUUUUUAAUUCUUAUGAUGUUUUACACUUUUUUGAGAAACAAAGUUGCUUGAGACAUUUCUUUGAGGUACAGUCUUCCAGUCUUUCAUCAUCAUCUAAACAUUAUACGAUUCUUUUCGAGAAAAUCUUGGAGCGUUUCGUGAACUCUAGAAUAUUAAAUCAAAGCUUAUCUUCCAUAGAUAUUUUUCUACUAGUAAGUCUGCUACAAAGAAUCCAAUCAAACAUAAUAAAUGAUGUAGAAUUAUCAUUCCACUUAAAACACUUAAUCACUAGAUUGCUAUAUAUUUUUAUUACAAAUCAAAAUAUUUUCAUGGAUAUACUCAGUAAACGUUUACUAAAUGAACUAUGUGAACGACUAAAAUCAGAGUCAAUAGCUAUGCAAGUAUGUAUAUCUACUGAAGGUUCUAAAUCCUUAGACAUAAUUAAAAAAGAUAUUAAGUGUAGUCAGUCAGAACACUUUCAGUCAGUUUUUAGAUCUCUUGAAACAGUCUUAUUUAAUCCAAUAGAAGUACUAACUGAACCACUAAGAGCUAAACAAAUAGCUUAUAUAAUCAAAAAUUUAAAUAAUUUUGGAUAUUGGUUAUUGGAACAACCAUAUAUUAAUCAAUCUAUUGAACAAAGCCUAAGUACUCUUUGUGACAGUAAUUUACAUAUAAAUACAUCAUCUACUAAUGUAGCGAUUAUUUUUCAAUGUGUACAAGUAAUGAUAAACCACUUCAACAAAAAUGUCAUUGAACCGUCAGUAUCUCAGGUGAUGAAUAAAGAAGAUGCUGCAGCUCUUAGCACAUCACUUUCAUGGUUCUUGAGUGGAAAUUUAGAUUUCUUGAGUGAUAUUGUUGAUAAUUCUUUAGAAGAAAAUGUUUUUAUAAACUCACCUGAAUCUUGGACUAAUUUAAUGCUGCUACAAUUGUGGUACACUUCCAUAGCUUGCACUCAUCCACUACGUCAUACUUCACAACAAGCUCAUUCAAUAUUUACUUCGGAAUUACUAAAAUUAGCAAGGCUUGAAGUUAAUCGCUUAAUUGGAUUUUGGAAACCUCGUUUAGAUUUAUACUCACAAAAACAAAGAACAAUUAGCAUUCAGAAGCUUUCAGUCAGCACAGAGUGUGAUUUAACUGCUGAAAUGACUAAUCAAGAGUUAAGCAAUGCGAUUCAGUUAUCAUUGUUAAGUGGACAAUUCAAUGGACCACGAAGCGCCUGGAUAUGUGUAAAUGUUUUAGAUGAGUUACAUAAUGAGUGUGAACACGAGUUAAUUAGUAUUUCGAAUUCAGAAAAAGAAUCAUUACGUUACGCUUUAUGUUCAAACACCGUAGACAAUCCUUGUGAAUCAAUUCCAAAUACCGAUAUCGUUGCAUCAUUAGUUUACUUGAACUCUUUUUUAUCCAAAAUAUCUUCAUUAACAUCUUCAGAACAUCCUGAAUUAUUUCUUAUUCAACCAAAUGAAGCAGCUCCCUUUGCCUCCAGUAUACAAAAUAUCUUAAAAUUUAUGCAUCUUGAUAUACACACACCACAUUCUUUUCAUCCUCUCAUGGAAACUGAAUAUCACCUGUGGAUUUCAUCUGCAAAUUUGAGAACUUCAUGGAUUUCAAAUUUUGAAUCUCGUUUGAUAGAUGACUUAAAACAGAAGGCGUUACAAAUAAUAUUUCAAAAUAUUCGGAUUGAAUUAAUUAAUUUACUGAAUGAGUUUGAUGAAGAAAAUUUUAUAAAACCAAACUUAACACAAAUACCAAUUCAACCAAUUAACCGAAAAAGUCUUUCUCAAUUACUAAGGGUUUCUUUAUUAUUAAACCGAUAUCCUGUAAGACAUACAAUAUCUAUGUUAAAUCAUUUCCAGUAUCUUCAUGACAUAUCAUGCUCAGUACUACCAGUGCAAACAGUUUCUUAUUUAAGAUACUUUGUCAGUUGUAUGUUAACAAAUCAGUAUAAUCAUUCGCAGCAUAGUUACAGUGAAACUUCAAUAGACAUAGCGUCUUUAAUAAAUUCAUUUACUAUUGACAGAUUGGAUAGUAUUCUAAUAAACUGUUUUUUCCACGAAGACAUUUUUGAUCCAAAUCUACCCCAAGAUUCUAUACCAAUCAUACAAACAUCAUUAGUAUACAGCAAUACUUGUGAGGAAUUGAUAAACUUCUUGAAUAUAUUGCCAAGACAUUGUCGUCGAAAUUUAAAUACCUAUUUGUACCAAUUGUUUUGCACAAAUCUUCGCAAAUACACAGAUCGUCUAUCGAAAAUUAUAAUGAAUGGCGAAGAAUACGCAGAGCCUGAUAUUAACACUAAUAAACUAAUUCCAUUAUGGCUUCAUUUCUUAAAAUAUCUAAUACCGAAAGAUGUUGAAAAUCGAAAUAAACACAGUGAAAUAUUGUCCGCUACAACUAUGUCCUUAGAUGUAAGACCCCUGUCUAGUAUUUGUGUACAAAAUGAAAGACUGAAGCAACUGCUUGUUGUUGACCUAAAUGAUUUGAGCUCAUCUGAAUUAAUACAGUUGAUCAUCGAUUCAGAUCAGUUUCAUCAUAAUUUUAUUUAUUCAAAAGUGUUCCAUGAAGAUUUGGAAUUUAUACCACAUUUAAAAUAUUAUCUAUGUAAUAGUUUAAUCGGUAAAUUAUGCAACUAUUCACAUUUACUCAUCGAAGAGUCUUUCCCUCAGACAAUUUUAAACAUGUCUUAUGAAGAAAUUGCUAUGAAGUUAAAAGAAAGUAUAAAUGAAAUCCCCAGUAAUUCAUCAUUAGACAAUAAUAAUACAAAAGUAUGUUCACUUAAAAUUAAUCCAAUGGAAUCAACCAAUGAAAUAGGUGAGAGGAAAUCUGAUAUAAUUUCUGAUAAUUUAACUAACUUUUCUAGUUGUGAAGAUUUACUAUAUCCAAUGGAAGAUGUAAGACCCGAAAUAAAUCGUCUUAAUCAUUUAUUAGCUAUAAACAGUUUACAACCAAAUGAAAUGUCUGCAAUUCUAUCAUCCAUAGUUAUUUUACGUGACGCAUCAAUGCAUUUACCAUCAAAUUUAAGUGAAUAUACACGCUUUUCAUUGAAAGAAGAAGAUGCUUUGAACAAGUUACAAGUUUUGAUCGACCAAAAGACAAUUGUUAAACUUGAUAAACAAUUAAGACACACUUUAUUAUUACUGAGCCAACGUUUGGGUCUUCUAGCAUUACAGGCGAAUAAAGAUUUAUUGCGCACAGGUUUAGAAAUAUGGUUAAGCGCCUCAUUGGAUAGUGAGCUGAUAUUUACUAAGCAACAGGUUCAACAAAUCUAUUAUUCUUUAUACUUAGCAGAGCAAAUAAACAAUCAAGAAUAUAAAUCACAAACGGAUUUUUACGAUACAUUUGAUUUAGUUGAACAAGUUAUUUUACAGUUAAAGCCACUUGUUAAUUCUAAAUUUGGUGCUGAAAUCAAAGGUCCUCAUAGUUUAUGCCCAAUCGUAACUCUAUUCAUAGAAAAUGCACAACAGUUAUUAGAGCAAGUAACAUAUUCCUGCAAAGUUUCUACCAAUGGAAUUUCAAAUCAUUCAUUUGAUAAGCAGAAGACUACAGCUGAAAACGUAUGGAAACUAAUCAGUUGUCAAUCGCCGGAAGUUAUAGAAAAUGAGCUGAGUAGCUCCAUUCACACUCAGUUAAUAAAUAGUUCAGAAGAUAUAACGGAUGCUGAAAAAUCAUCUAAACAAAUCAGUAAUAAACCUUGUAAAACAUUAAAAAGACGUCCUGAAAUUGAUGAAUGCAAUAUACUUCAAACCAGACAAUCUUAUGAUCGUAGUCUGAGUUACGGAGAAAAUGACCAUUUUCAGUUGAACAGUCAACUUUCUUGCGACAGUUCACUGUCAUUACUUGCUUUAUAUAAUGAAGAAAAAAGACGUUUGUUGAGUUGGGAAGAAAUGACUGAGACACGUCUGCGCAAAGCAUGUGAAAGAGUAGAAAAUUUAUUGGGAGCAAUCCCUGAACAUGUUUAUCUACAGAACAAUUCUGGUCAUACAAUCACACAACUUAGAGAAGAGGUAGUACUGUUGAAAAGUCAAUUACACACUAUGAUAAAACAAAAGUUGUUGAAAAAAGAUAAUCUUAUUUAUUCAAGUGAUGAAAGUUCAGUGUUAUAUAAAAAGGACCAGGGGGACUACUUAUUCGAUGGUUCACUAUAUGCUCAAGAAAAUCAAUCCAGUUACCAAGGUAAACUCAAUUUUGACUAUAUUCAAUUGUCAGAACGUGAUACUUGCAGACCAAAAACAUCAGUAAAUGGUAGACUGUCAUCUAGUACAUGUUCCCUGAGGACUUUUCCAUCUUUAAGCCAACGCAUAAAUCAAAAUUAUUUGGUUUCAUGUAAACCCGUAACGCCGAAUCAUGUUUUCUCUUCACCAUCAAAUACCGAUAAAAGGAUUUUACAGAAUUCAUUUGACCGAUUAAAUGAACUAAUUGAAAUCCGUAGAGCUAUUGUCUCUGGAUCCAGAGAAGAACUACGUAGAUUAGGAAUACAUUCUAGUUUAUCAAUACCUUAUUACAAGCCCUUUAAACUAGUUCGUCCACGUGACAACAAAUCAUUUGGUUUGCUUGACAGUGACAGUCAUGAAGAAUUGUUAUCAAGUAAUCAGCGAAAUAUUGACAGGAAACGUAAUUAUACUACCCAUCUUUAUUUAAUAGUUCGGUUUUACAGUAGUUUAAAAAAACAAAUAAUUUUAUUCGACUGA